CAUUUCUACUUCCUCGUAGUAUACACAGGCCAUGGGGGAAAUUCAGGCACAUCAUGGAGGAUCUGGAAAACCCGCCACCUGAAAAUGUUCCACUUCAAAGAGGUAUAAAGCAGCGUGGUGCUGAGGACCUCUCACACCCUGAGCCUCUGGUCUAAAGAGAAAGACACAGCAACCACACAAGACAUGGCCAAGAUCUCUGUUCCUGCCCUCACCCUCAUCAUGCUCUGCACUCUAGUGCUCUUCAGCAGUGAGGCUGCAGCUCUGCGCAGAGUUUCAAGAUGCUGUACAAGGUACUCUGACAGUAAAGUGCCCACAAAGGACAUCAAAGGAAUUUCAAUCCAAAAACGUAACGGAAAAUGCAAUAUCAACGCAGUCAUUGUUCACACUACAACAGGCAAACACAUCUGUGUGGAUCCUGAUCAGAUUUGGGUGACCGACAUCACCGACAAGCUAAAGUAAGCAUCUGCCAUGGUCUCACAGUAACAGUAUUUCACAUUUUAGUUUUGGUCACGCUUAAUUUUGGUUUGAUGACCACUUUAAGAAGUUAGUGUUAAAACCUGGGUUGUCUAAUGACACUUAGUGAGAUAAAAAAGACUAAAUUGUUUUUACUUUGAUUUCUUCCAGGGCACAGCUGAAUGUGUUGAGAACACACCAACACAAUACUCAAUAAUUGUAUCUGUUGCAUGGAUGUUCCUUUCUACAAAAAAAGAAUAUAUAUAUAUUUCACAUUGAAAUUUAAAUCAUCAGAAAUUGUGGUUCUACACAUAUGUUUUUCAUAUUAUAUAAGCUAUAUAUUUAUAACAACCACUGUGUUUCAAACAAUAAAUACACUUUUACUCUUU